CAAAAAGUUUCAAGCCUGAGCUCUAUACAUAUAUAUAUAUAUAUACAAAGAACCAGUCAUUUGUCACACAAGCAUAGAAGUAAUGGCUCAUACCCUUGCAAGCACCAGCCUCAUUAGAGUCUUCAUGGAUAGCACCGGACUCGGUAUCAGCAGGAGAUGUUACUAUGCAUCGGUGGCAGCAGUGGCGGCUGUAGAGGAGAAGAUAGUGACAAUCAAGAACAAGAAAGAGUCUGCUGGUCCGUCUGCUUCUUCAGCUUCACCUGCCUGGGUGCCUGAUCCUGUCACAGGAUAUUACCGACCUGCGAACAGCUGCCAUGGUGCUGAUGUAACUGAAAUGAGAGAGUUAAUCCUGUCUACCAAAUCAGUUUGAGGCUGAGCCUUGUCCAUGUACUUCUAGAGCUGCAACUCAAAUAAGAAAGAUAACUUGAUCAAA